GCUCAUUUUGUCAACUGCGAGGAUGGUUGGUGGCAUUGGAAUUCCAUGGGGCUUUCUCUUCCUCUGGGUUCUGUACCCACAGCUCCGGCCCAUCAAUGCAACACCAGUCUACCACCUAGAUAAUCUUUUAAGCAUCAUCGAGGAGUUGGAAGAUCAGGAUCCCACAUUGACCAUUCUCAAAGUUGCUGAAAUUCUCCGCGACCUUCAAACAUCUGACCAGGAUUUGCGUCGCCUUCUCCUUGGGGAGACCUCAGUCCCCGUGGUCUUGCCACGUCUGCUGUCUCACACCAACCUAUCCUUCCUCGAGGAGGUGCUGAACCACCAAGCCGGCCCUUUGACCGAGACGGGGGUUGUCCUCACUCCAGAUGGGACAACAGUCGCCGUGGGGAACCUCGUUGCAGGGAUUGAAGCUGGGUUGAAGAGAGAGGUGAGUCAGCCCCUGUCAGGUGUGUCUAGGGACCUCUCUGCUCCUGUGGACAACCUCUGUGCCCUGACGUUGGCCAAGGACCUGGGGCUGGCCUUCCUGUCCCAUCACAUGAACAAAAGCCAAGAGUUGCUGGGACCCGAUGGGUGCUGGGACAGUGUGGACUCCCCUCAUGUCUUCACCGGGUCUGGCCCCUGGACCCCUGCCACCAGUGCUCUGAUCAACGGUGGCAUGGAUGGCUUCAUCCUGGGAGACCUCCUCUCCCAGUUCCAAGCCCCACUGCCCAAACUCAGCUCCGUGCUGAGAGAUUACUACGGUCAGGUUCCCAGCCUGCUGCUCCCAAAGGCAAGUUCACGGCGAAAGAACUUUGAGGCCACCUUUGACCUUGGUAAUUUCACCAGUCAAGUCUUAAGUGCAGUGUCCCUCUUGGACCACCUACGGAACAAUUUGGUUCUCCACCAGCUCAACCUCAACACCUUCAGAAAGAUAUCUGAGCAAGGAGUCAAGCAGUUUUAUCAUAGCUAUCUCGAGUGCCCAGCCAUUAUUCCCCGGUGUAUGUGGGCUGCCAGGCCGUUCAGGGGUGAGCCCGUAGAGCUGGCACUGCCCCUGCGUUACGUCUACAUUCACCACACCUUCGAGCCCAGCCGGCCUUGCACAAGCUUCCAGGAGUGCGCAGCGGACAUGAGGAGCAUGCAGCGCUUCCACCAGGACGAGCGGCAGUGGAACGACAUCGGGUACAACUUUGUGGCAGGCUCUGACGGAUACCUGUAUGAGGGCCGGGGUUGGCACUGGGUGGGAGCCCACACCAAAGGCCAGAACUUCAAGGGCUACGGAGUGAGCUUCAUCGGUAACUACACGUCCGAGCUCCCGGACGAGGCCGCACUGCAGCUGGUGAAAGAAAAUUUCAUGAAGUGCGCUGUUUCUGGCAAGAAGAUAGUCAGUGAUUACGCCAUCCAGGGACACCGGCAACACAGAGAGACCACCUGUCCCGGGGAAGCCCUCUUCAAUGAGAUCAGGAGCUGGGAAGCCUUUGAGGAGGUUGGAGUCACCAGAGCCACUGUCGAAACACAAGCAUAGAGCGAAGAUCACACAUCGCGACCAUGGGCUCCAUAGCCAUCAAUAAAAUUCUGCAUUGCUUCCACUA